UUUAAUGUAAUAAGGUUGUAACAACUGCCCUCGUAAUUCGAGCGACCAGAGCCCUCGCUGCUUCACAAUUUUUUUUUUCAGACAAGGUGACGUUGACGGUGAGUCAUCGUAUUAGAAUUAAAAUUUCAAUCCCGACGGCCGAAAAACUAAGCAGAGAUCGGCAAAUGACAAAGGAUUCUCUCACGCUUCUACCCCUUUUGGCCACAAAAGUAUGAGCAUGCUUCACUCAAGCCAUGAAAGGCAUCAACAGUUCAUCUCAGCAGCUGCCCUGCUUAGGUGAGGAAGGAAAACUCAGAAGAUGAGUUUCCUGGAAGACGCAGAAGGUGGAUGGUUGUCACUAGUUUGUGAUGGAGAGUAUGAUUCCCCGUCGUCAUGUCUGCAGAGAACCGGGAUAGAUGGCUUGAACGUAGCGUUCCUUCUCGUUCUCCUGCUUCUUUCUCUUGUGAACAUCAUAAAAGGAGACUCUGCCAGUAGACACAACACGAGAACCACAUUCUUUUUUGUUGUCUCAUUGUUUUGCGUCCUUGCAAGCUUUGCUCACUUUGGUUUUGGAUUAUGGCUUCUGUUGGAUGGAAACGGCGGUCAUAAGCAUUGGAACUUGAUUGUUUAUCCUGUCAGAGGAUUGAUAUGGAUCGCUGUAGCAAUCUCUUGCAAUUUUCAGUCUACAAAGUUCACGAGAGCUCUGAUUUUGAUCUGGUGGGUGUCUUUCUCACUGUUGGUUUCCAUGUUUAACGUAAAGACUCUGGUACACACCCACAGUUUGCAAAUCUUAGAUGGUGCUUCUUGGCUGGUAAAUCUGUUGCUGCUGAUUUCUGCAGGGAAAAUACUGGCUUCAUUAUUUUCUCAUCAAGCUCCAAACAAAAGUCUGCAUGAACCUUUGUUAAAAGGAACUGUGGAAGGGAUAACAAAUAGGUUCAGUCCGAUUAGUCUUUUUACUUUUUCAUGGAUUGAUCCAUUACUACGCUUGGGUUACUCAAGGCCACUAGUUCUUGAUGAUGUCCCAGAAUUAGGAGAUGAGGAUGGUGCAGAAACAGCUUACCAGUCGUUUAUAAGAGAAUGGGAGAAGCAGAGGGACACCAAACCAAAUUCAAGAAACUUAACUCUCGGAGCCUUAACUACUUCUUAUUGGAAAGAUAUGUUAGUGAUAGGUGCCUAUGCUUUUAUCCGCUCUGCUGCUGUUUCAGCUUCACCUCUGCUACUGAACGCUGUUGUACAAUACUCUGGCUUGUACGACCGAAGCUUGGUUGCUGGUAUCUCUUUGGUGGGGUGCUUGACUCUGGUGAAAGUUUCAGAAUCCCUUUCUCAGAGGUACUGGUUCUUCCAUGCGAGAAGAGUCGGCAUGAGGAUGAGAUCUGCAGUGAUGGCAGCAGUCUUUCAAAAGCAGCUCAGACUUUCGAGUUUGGCCAGAAGGAAUCAUUCUGCAGGGGAGAUUGUGAAUUAUGUAGCCGUCGAUGCUUAUAGAUUAGGAGAAUUCCCCUGGUGGUUUCACACAGGAUGGACUUCCCCACUUCAAUUGCUGUUUGCUAUUGCCAUCCUCUUCGCUUAUGCUAGAUGGGCAACAAUCCCUGGUCUCGUUCCAGUUGCUUUUGCAAUAUUUCUAAACUUUCCAUAUGCAAAGUUGAUGCAGAAUUGCCAAACCUGCUUCAUGGAUGCCCAGGAUGAGAGACUCAGGGCCAUGUCCGAGAUCUUGAACAGUAUUAAGAUAAUCAAGUUGCAGGUCUGGGAGGAGAAAUUCAAAAACUUGAUUGGAACGCUGCGAGCUUCUGAAUUCAAAUGGCUAUCCUCAGUGCAGUUCAACAAAACAUAUAAUACUGUUCUUUAUUGGAUGUCACCCACAUUCGUCUCGGCUGCAAUUAUUGCAGGCUGUGCAAUGUUCGCAGGGACACCCUUGAAUGCCGCAACGAUUUUCACUAUUCUUUCUACCAUGCGGGUGAUGGCAGAACCGGUGAGAAUGUUGCCUGAAGCCAUCUGCAUCUUGAUUCAAGUUAAGGUCUCGUUGGACAGAUUGGACAGGUUCUUGAUUGAUGAUGAACUCGAACUAAUUGCGAGAGAUGAUGGUCAAAUUUCUGAUUCAAGCGUAGAAAUAAAUGAAGGAACCUUUUCUUGGGAACCAGAUGCUCAUACUCCAACACUGAGAGGGAUAAGCUUAGCAGUAAGGCGAGGAGAGAAAAUUGCCGUUUGUGGAGCAGUUGGUGCAGGAAAAUCAUCACUGUUACAAGCUAUUCUUGGUGAAAUGCCACGGCUUUCUGGAUCUGUUAAGCUCUACGGGUCGGUGGCUUAUGUUGCACAAAUCGCCUGGAUACAAAGUGGCACGGUUCGUGACAAUGUGCUUUUUGGAAAGGAGAUGGACAAAUCCAAGUAUGAGAAGGCCAUAAAAUCAUGUGCUUUGGACAAGGACAUAGAGAAUUUUGCUCAUGGAGACCUGACUGAGAUAGGAGAGAGGGGGCUUAACUUGAGCGGAGGACAAAAACAGAGGAUUCAGCUGGCAAGAGCUGUGUAUAACGAUGCUGAUGUCUAUCUCCUAGAUGAUCCUUUCAGUGCAGUUGAUGCUCACACUGCUGCAACACUAUUCAAUGACUGCGUUAUGACUGCUUUGAAAAAGAAGACUGUAAUUCUUGUUACCCACCAGGUUGAAUUUCUGUCAGACAUUGACCGGGUUCUGGUUAUGGAAGGAGGAAAGGUAACCCAGUGUGGAAGCUAUUAUGAACUUUUGAAGGCUGGGAUGGCAUUUGAAAUGCUUGUGACUGCACAUAAGGAAGCAAUGACUGUGCUGAAUCCUACAACUUGUAGGUGGUCUAAGGAAGUGGAGAAGCCAAAUUUAUGCGACUCUCAAAUUGGCAGAUUGCAAGUAACACAAGAAAACUGCGAGGGUGAUAUUCCAGAUAAGGAGGUGCCAAAAAUGCAGCUAACUCAAGAUGAAGAAAAGGAGAUAGGUGACCUGGGGCUGAAACCAUACCUAGACUAUUUAAGAGUCUCAAGAGGGCAUUUGUCCUUUUUGUUAGUUAUAUUGAGUCAAGGGACAUUUGUUGUUCUGCAAAUUUUGUCGACAUAUUGGUUGGCAACUGCUGUAACGGUACCAUCUAUUAGCCAUGGAGUCCUUGUAGGAGUUUUUUCGGGAAUUUCAGUAUGCAGCGGUGUCUUUGCUUACCUGAGAUCCCUAUUUACAACAAUUCUAGGACUUGAGGCUUCAAAAGCCUUUUUUUCUGGCUUCGUUGACUCUAUAUUCAGGGCUCCCAUGUCAUUCUUUGAUUCAACUCCGGUAGGAAGGAUUUUCACAAGGGCAUCAUCAGACAUGAGUAUGAUGGAUUUUGACAUCCCAUAUGCUUUGACUUUUGCAUUAGCAGCUUGGAUUGAAGUCAUAGCAUUCUCGAUUCUUAUGUCUAUAGUGACAUGGCAGCUACUCAUUGUGGUCAUUCCAGCUAUUUUGAUCACUCUACGUCUUCAGAACUAUUAUCUAGCCUCUUCGAGGGAGCUGAUCAGGAUCAAUGGAACUACAAAGGCACCUGUAAUGAACUACGCAGCAGAAACAACCUUUGGUGCAGUAACCAUAAGGGCCUUCUUCGAGAUGGAAAGGUUUAUAAAGAAGAACUUACAACUCAUUGAUAGAGACGCGAAGCUUUUCUUUUAUACAAAUGGUGCCAUGGAAUGGGUCCUUCUAAGGGUAGAAGCACUCCAAAAUGCCAUUGUUUUCGCUGCAACUCUCCUCCUUGUCGUUCUUCCGUCCGGCACAGUCACCGCAGAACUGGCAGGUCUCUCUCUGUCAUAUGCUCUUGCAAUUACUGGGACACAGUCAUUUGCAACUCGCUGGUGCAGCAAUUUAGCGAACUACAUCAUCUCCGUCGAAAGAAUAAAGCAGUUUAUGAAUCUUCCAACCGAGGCUCCAUAUAUUGUUGAUGACAAUAGGCCACCAUCAACUUGGCCAGAGAAUGGGAAAAUCGAACUGCAGGAUUUGAAGAUAAGAUACAGGCCAAAUGCUCCAUUGGUUCUGAAAGGAAUCACAUGUUCACUUGAAGCAGGGCACAGAAUUGGAGUUGUUGGAAGAACAGGGAGCGGGAAAACAACCUUGAUCAGCGCCUUGCUCCGGCUAGUUGAACCCGUGGGUGGUAGGAUACUUAUAGAUGGACUGGACAUUUGCUCCAUGGGCUUGUGGGAUCUGAGGUCGAAGCUUAGCAUAAUUCCUCAGGAGCCAACACUCUUCAGGGGUACUGUCAGAAGCAACCUGGAUCCUCUAGGCCUGUAUUCAGAUCUCGAGAUAUGGGAGGCUCUGAGGAAGUGUCAGUUGUUCACCACAAUCCGCAGUCUCCCGCAUCAACUUGAUACAUCUGUGAGGGAUGAAGGUGAAAAUUGGAGCGCCGGGCAGCGCCAACUUUUCUGCCUUGGACGUGUACUUCUCAAGAGAAACAAGAUCUUGGUUCUUGAUGAAGCCACUGCAUCUAUUGACUCCGCCACCGAUGCAAUCCUUCAAAGAGUUAUCAGACAAGAAUUCUCCGACUGUACUGUCAUCACCGUUGCCCACAGAGUCCCAACAGUCACAGACAGCGACAUGGUCAUGGUUCUCUCCUUCGGUGAGCUUUUGGAGUAUGACAAGCCUGAAAAACUCAUGGAGACGAACUCUUCCUUCGCCAAGCUCGUCGCCGAGUACUGGUCCAACUGUAGCAGGGAAAACUCAUCGAACAAUCUUUCAGAGCCCCAGUAGCUUAGAAGAUUAAUAAGAGCAGCGAUGGGGAAUUUUAGGCUUUGGAUUUACAGAGGCGAUACUAGUGCACUUUCAAGUUUAGCAUUCUGCAGCAGAGGAGAUGGGAUCCCUUUGCGGAUCAAGUAAUGGCGGCAACUGAGGCACAUCUUGGAACGCGUAGCUGCGGGUGGUUGCUAAAAUAAAAUACGACGAAUAAAUACUGAAGUUUUCGUUGUCCGCACUGUCUGCACAAUAUCUUGAUAUAGACUUUGCUUCAGCGAAGUUACAAAAAAAGAAAAUCGUUCACGCAUUCUCUUCUAAUAA